AUGGCAUUGCACAUCAAAUUAGAUGCAUUUUUGAAUACAAAACCACGACCAGAAUGGUUGAAUCAGUUAAGAGUGACUAUUGCGGUGGGCAAAAAGUUUGAGCAGAGAGGUGACUACGAAAAAGCCGCAAAAUGUUAUGAAACCGUUUUAUACUACGACUCCAUGGACACUAAAACGCGCGUCAAACUCAGUAAAUGUUAUCAGAAACUAUUACAACCCGAACAAGCGGCAAAACACCAGACCCAUGCGAUGCAGAACGAUCCUGAUUUACUCCAAACCAUUGAGAAUGAAGCCAGUGUAAACUUUAAAUUGGGAAACUUUGAAAGCAGUUUAAUGACUUAUAGUCGAUAUUUUAUGCGAAGGAAAACGUCGUUUGAUUGUAAUCAAGGAUUACUGAAAGUUAAUGAAGUUAUGAAUAACUAUUUACCUGUUAAUGGACUAAUGAGUUGUUUAAAAAACACAAUAUUACGAAUGAUAGAAAAUGAACAAUUCAUCGAAUUGAAUGCACGUGAACAGUUAAAUAAUCCUAAAAAUUUUAAUAAAAUUCACAAAACUCACAUCGAAAAAAUCCAAGAAGCAUACUAUUUACAAAAUAUAGUACAAAACGUGAGGUUUUAUAGAAAACAGCUAAACAUUUUACCCAAACACAAUAAAAAUGAUAAAUUAGUUUAUGAACAAAUUCAAAAAAUCCUUCACACAUUUGAAACAGCCAAAAAAGAUUUAUAUCAAAAAAAGCCAUUUUAUAUGUAUGUAUGUCAAAGACCAAAUCGCCAACUUAAUGACCAGCGAAAAAUCAAAGAUUUGGUAAAAUUACAAGUUUCCAAGUAUAUUAAUUCAAUAGUUGAACACUGUUUGUCCGGCAAAAUCGAAUUAGCUCGGCGACAAGCCGAAUUAGCUAUAGAAUAUAUGGACGAACAUCGUUAUAAACCGUUAAAGAUAGUAAACACCUUAUACGAAGUAUUCGGUUUGGCUUUGUACUUACUGAAUCGGGAUAUACCCGAGUGGUCGAAUGUGAUGAACCACAAAAGAAUAUUAUUCAUAUUGGGUUCAAACUUCGAUGAGAAGGACGCUUACAAUCACGUCUAUCGCGAAUCAUAUUUUGGCCCCGAAAACCGAAAUACAAAGAGUUAUUUGAAAAAACUCUCCAGGCAGUUAAAUAAUAUCGAAUUAACUACCUACAGACUGUACCUUCAGUACGAGCGAGUUAAAUGCUAUAUACUACUAAACGAAUUCAAAGCCACGAGACCGUUAACGAAAACAAUGUUCAACGACGCUUGUGCUUUGGGUAGUAUCGCGUGGCAAGUAAAUGCCUUAAUGCUAACGAUGAUCGCUGAGUCUAAAUUAGGCAACGGGCUCCAGUGUAUAAAAACCAUCGAGUUUAUAAUAUCACUUAGUAGAACUUUGGGAGAUGAGAAUGUCACCGCAUUUAUGAGAAAAAUGUGGAAAUUAUUUGCUACGGACAAAGUACGAGUGUCCGAAAUAAGCACCGAAGAUGAGCGAAAAGCAAACUUGAUAAACAUCAUGCCAGACUCCGAGAAUAUUUUACUCAUGAACAGUUUAUUAAACCGUAUCGAUAAAUUGCCCAAGGAAUGUCGGAUGUCUCUAAUGUUAGGAGAACCUUCAGAAAUUAACUGCACAGAUCAUCGACCAGACAUUAGACAGGAUCCCUUGAUAAAUGACAAGAGGUGGAAAUAA